UUCUGUCUUCAAACUUUCAUAAACAGCUUUGUUAAGCUGUGGGUCGGUGCAGAUAUUUAAGGGCUGCUUGUGACCAUCUCAGAGAUGAAGAGCCUUCAUCCACUUCUCACUCAAUCAGUCAGGAUGAAGUCAGCCUUAAUAUUGGUUUGCUGUCUUUGUACGCCAACUGCCUUUGCUAAACAAAUAUUUCAGAAAGAUGAUUUGGUUGAAAGUUCUCAAGAGACAAAUUCUGUGAGUAAUACUACCCUGCUACAAAGUUUCUUUUUCCAAAGUCUGGAUCAAAGUGAAAUUUCAAGACCUGAGAGUUUGCCAGAAAAUACUUCUGAAAACACUUCAGAAGAUACUUCUGUAAACACCUCUGAAAAUACUUCUGAGAACACCUCGGAGAAUACUUCUGAAAACACCUCAGAAGAUACUUCUGAAAACACCUCAGAAAAUUCUUCUGAGAACACCUCGGAGAAUACUUCUGAAAACACCUCAGAAAAUUCUUCUGAGAACACCUCGGAGAAUACGAGUGAUCAUACUCCAGCUGGAAACCAAAGAGAUGACAGGGAAGAGCAGACUCUGAAUAGCUGGAUGCGGUGGUUCAAGGCCAGUGUGAGGAGUACAGAUGCCAGCACAGAGAACAAAGACAAAGGGGAAGAACGGCUGCGUAAUGAAGACACUCUGGUGGUAAACCAUGCUGAAACAAAACACUCUACUAACCAGAUCAGUGAUAAUACAGAGAGCAAUGAAACCACAAUGAAUAUGUUUGUAGGCGAAUGCCAGGACACCAUAAAUCAAGAUGACUGUGAGAGCAAACAAUAUACUUUCCAAACAUCAGAUGACCUGUUUGAUCCAAACCAUGGCUUAUUAAGGCCUGACAAUGAUCAGAGCGAUCUGGAAUUUUGGUAAUUAUGCCACAAAACAUUGUAUCCUAGUGUUUGUGUAGUUUUUUUUUUCAAAAUUUUUUUUUUCAUUUUAUGUGCUACAUCAAAGUGAUAAGCUUUCAAAAUCAAUAUGCCAGCCUCAUUCACACAUUCACGCAGUAAAUGUAUUUUUUUUUACAUUUACUGUGUAAAUGAUUGAAUGUUUGAUUUUUUGUCACAUCUAAAGGGGUAGUUGCUCUGCAGUUGCAUUAUAAAUGGUAUAAUGAUAAUAAAAGUCUUCCAAUUGCAAUUGCAAUUUACGUCUUUUAAGUUUUAACUUAAAAGUAACUUAUUUGGCUAACUUUACAUAAUGUAAUAGUGAAUGAAUUUCAUAAAUCAAAGGACUCACCCCAAAAAACAUAAAUAGAGGGUUAUGUUACAGUGUGGUUUAUAUGACGUGUUACAUCAUAUUUCAUAUUGCAUUGUAUUGUAUGAAAUAUCCAAUAUGCCAUCAAACGUAAUGUUAAUAGACAACCAUAUACGUUUUUAGUCAUAUUAUCUAUAUAACUAUUGUAUACAGUCUUUAUUAACCAUUGAAUAAAUUUUACAUUAUAUAUACUUCACUAUUCAGAAAUUGAAAAUAUAUAGCUGUACAAUCUUGUACUUUUUAAUGUAUAACAUAUACUCAGAUAUUUUCUGUUGUCUUACAUAUAUUGAACAUUUUACAAAAUACAAAA